AUGUCGUGGUUCACCUCUCUGUUCACCUCUUCGAAAGCCUCCUCCCCAUUGCCUGCUGCCCAUUCCGCGUCAGAUGAAAAGCGCUUGCUCGAAGAGGCUGCAGUUAACCCAGAACCAAUACUCGAAGCUCCUAAGCCAGCCAAUCCGCAGCUACCACAGACCGAACGGCCGAAUAGAAACAAAGUCAUAUUCGGUGCUGGAGUCGCAUUCUUCGCAUUCUCCGUCUUGAUCACGCGCAGGUCUUUCGCGCGGAAGCGAUUAGCUACAAGCCCUGCCUUCUAUGCGAAUGCUCCUGCGCACCAAGCAGAACAAUCCACCAAGGUCAGCGGUGCCAUGGAGGCCAUGGAGGCACUGAACCUUGCAACCAUCAAUGUCCUCAGUCUCGCUAUGAUGGCUACUGGAGGAACGAUGUGGUACCUGAACAUCAACAGCAUGCAGGACGCAAGAAAAGUGCUUAGGGGUGGGCUCGGUGUUGAUGGCACGGGCAAAACGGAAAAGGAUGCCGAAGAAGAGUUCGAGGAGUGGAUGGCCACUGUUCUGGCGCGAAAAGAAGUAAAGGGCGCACGGCCAUCGGAGACGAACGAGAGGGGACAGGAAAGGUGA